AUGGUGUACCAAGGUGUUCCCCAGGGUGGUGUCCUCAGCCCCCUACUAUACUCUUUAUAUGUCUCCAAUAUCACCAAUGAUCUUCCAACUAAGGUGUCGAUAUCACAAUUUGCAGAUGAUAUCGCUGUUUACACUCACGACCAAGACCUGGACAUUUGUGAAUCCACGUUAGAAGGAGCUAUCAACGCAAUCAAAGGUAAACUAGCAGAGCUGGGUCUAGAUCUUGCUCCUCAAAAGACACAACUACUCCACUUCAACAACCAAUGUAUCACGCCUGGGCACUCGGAAAUCACCGUCGAUGGACAUACUAUACAGUCGUGUGAAACAUCCAGAUUUCUGGGUGUCUGGUUCGACUGGAGGUUCACAUUCAACCAACACAUCGAACGCGUCCGUCAGAAGUGUCUCAAAUCUCUAAACAUAGUAAAAUAUCUCAGAGGCACCUGGUGGGGGAGCGAUCCCCGCACACUCUUACUACUCUACAAAAGCUUCGUCAGAUCAGUGAUGGACUAUGGACUCUUCAUCUACUACCCUAAGACUGCCAAACUCAGGAAUGUGCUAGAGAGUCUACAGUAUGAAGCGAUUCGGGCUGCAAUGGGGUAUAGGAAAACCACGCCAACGAACGUUCUACUAGGCGAAACAAAGCUUCCCCUCAUUGAACAUAGAGCAGAAUUUCUCUGCAAAAACUUCCUUGUCAAGAUCUCCAUCAACACAUCACUCCAACUCAACAACACUAUCAGGAAUUUCGUUUCGAGAGGGCGACGCAGGAACGCAAAAAAAUAUGAGCGCCUGUUGAACUGGGGGUUAGCAGAAAUCACCCCAUUACUUCCCAAUCUAUACAUCUACGACAAAUUUAACAUCUACAGAAUCAGGUAUAGAGAUGUAAUGACCGCCAUGAAAGUUGAUGUAUCAACAGGAAAAAACAAGGGAGAUGAAAAAGAGAAAUUAACUAUCCAACAAAUCAUCGACAGCGAGAAUGACGACACAUACUGUAUUUACACGGACGGCAGUAAAGUAACGGGGAAUCCUUUCACUGGGUCAGCCUGCUUCUGUCCAAGACUCAAUAUUGAGAUCAUUCGCAGCCUCAACCACCAGUGCUCUGUCUACACAGCAGAAUGUCUCGCUCUUCACAUAGCCAUGGAUACAGCCUUGGAUCACCCUGAAAAAAAUUUCUACAUCCUCACAGACUCUAUGAGCGCCCUACAAGCCCUUGAGCACCCGAAAAUGACCAUCAGAGAGAACGACCACCUGCUCCAAGUAAGAAUCAAAUAUAACAAAUUUCUUGAAACAUGUGACAGAAGACGAUUCAUCAAAUUUGUCUGGAUCCCAUCACACUCUGGGUACGAGGGCAACGAAUAUGUAGACUGGUUAGCCAAGUGGGGAACUACAGCAGCGGACACUGUCAUCAGCAGAAUCCCCUUCACCGACUUCACGGAGUUGUUCAAGAGGGAAAUGAAACAAAACACCAUCGACCACAUAGUAGAAAUGGCCUCCCCUGAGACUCAAAAACCAAAAGGGAAAGCAUACUUCCAACAGUUUUUCUCCAGAAGUGCCAAACCUUGGUUUGAGAGAUUUCCCGACUUCAAGAGAGAACAAAUAGUAUGGGUCAACCGAGCAAGGGCUGACCACUACAACCUGAACAACUCAUUAGCCCGGACCCACAUCAUCCCACCUACUCCGUGGCCUUGCGGACAUAAAGUUCAGGACCUAGACCACAUACUAUGGAACUGUCCCCAGUAUGCAGAAGACAGGAAAGCUCUCCUCAAAGAGAUCAGAAAAAGCAACCCUGGCCCACCAAACAUCCAGGACAUUUUAGGUGCCCUCAGGCGACGAGACAUCAAAGCAAUCUCAAAAUUCUUGAAUAACUGUUCAAUUCAAAUUUAA